AUGUCUUCGACAAUCCCGCUAAGGCUUUAUGUUGCAUGCGGCUCUUACGAUGGAUCGGUGUUCGCUAUGUCCUACGACCAUUUGACUCUCAGUGAAACUGGCCAAAUCAGACUAAAAGCAGAAUUUAUCGAUCCUGACGCACAUCCGAGUCCAGUCACUGCACUUGCGGUGUGCGGUGAUGUCGUCGUAUCAGGAAGUACUGAUGAGGCUAUUCAGAUAUUCUCCCUAUCAAAACACUGUCGUAUGGGCUGCCUUGAGGUUCACACUGGCAGCAUCCGUCACCUCGUUUUCGCAGAUUCCCGCCAUUUUUUAAGCGCUGGCGAAGAUGCAUGCCUAGCGAUAUGGCGCCGGCCGAAUUCUCGAAAUGCCACCACCGCCACCUGGCAAUGUAUUCGUCAAAUGCGUCGUCACAAGGGUCCCAUCACCUCUCUGUGUCUCCAUCCCUCCUCUCGCAUCGCUUUUACGCUCUCAGAGGACAAGACACUGCGUGUUUGGAACCUGAUGCGGGGUCGGCAGGCCUACACAACUCGCUUGAAGUCCCUCAACGCAGAAGGGGCGUCUGCUAUAGACAUCACUGGUCACUUCUUGCUUAUCUCCUGGCCCUACGAUCGCCUCGAUGUUGUCGACUUGAACCAGAACAAAGAUAAACCUGUGUUGAGCGCUAAAUUCUCCACUUCCUUCUCCGUUCCACCAGUCGUCUUUCACGAGGACGAAGAACAUCUUUACCUAUUGAUUGGGUUCGGAAAUAAGAUUAAGGCUUUCCGAUGUCCAAUAGCAGCCACCAUGGCAAAUGCCAGCAAACUGGAACCUCUUGGGGAGAGCCGUCUCCCCGGAAAGCGCCUCAAGUUCCUCAAAGUCCUGCCCUGGCCCGCCCAACUUGUUUCCAGCCAGCCGGACUUAUAUGGAGGUAGGCGACGUCUAGUCACCCUGGUCACCACCGACAUUGAUGGCUCCUACGUGCGUGGCUACGCGGUCGACCUUGAGACCUCCACAGACAUCUCCUCUCCCGAUGCUCUGCGUCCCGUUUUCGCCUACGACAUCCGCGACAUUCGUCUGACCCGGAUCGACACUGUAUGGGCUUCCACUGGCCUUGAUAAGGACGAAUUGCAAUCAGCUGAUGUGGAUAUGGAGGAGGAGGAGGAUGACGGCACAUCCGAAGAGGAGGUGGAUAAAGAUGAUGAAUCAGUUUGA